AACUCUGGCUCGCUCGCCCGCGAUCUUUUGGCUUCCGAACGAACGUUCCUAGCAUGGACUCGAACGGGGCUAGGAUUCAUUGCGCUCGGUGUCGCCUUAGAAAAGGUUGAGGCCUUUGCAGCCAUUGCGCCAACGCUCCUUCACUUGGAAAACUCACGGACGAAACUCGCCGCGGGCGUGUUGGUUGGCACCGGCAGUCUGAUAGUAGCACAUGGUACGAGCAGGUACUUUGCCGUGCUCAGAGAUUUACAGGGAGGCUUUUAUAGACCGAACAGGAUCGGCAUCGUGGGCUUGGCGAGCGUGAGCAUUGGCAUAGCG